AUGGAGAAUUCCAGUUCGUUCGACCGGGUCCGUAUCGCUGUGCGGGAGCGGCCCAUUGCGGAAGAGGAUAUACUUGGCGUGAAAUUACACGUCAGGCAGAGCGAGGGAAAACUUUUUGCCUACUCUCCCGAUGCCACAGAAGGUUUGAUGUACGACUGUGACUAUUUCUUCCCCUGCUCUGCAAAGCAGGAGGAGCUAUACCAUGCGAUAGGCUUGGAGAUGAUUGAUCUGGUUGCUCAAGGUCUCAGCUCCAACGUGGUUGUCAUGGGGUUUGCUGUUACAGGUAAGACUCACACCUUAUUCGGGGACAACGAAUCUGUUGGUCUUAUUUAUGACACGGUGGGGGGACUUUAUCAACGACUCGGGGCUGUUGCGGGGGAAUUUGAGACGGAUAUUGUGCUGCGUUAUUGGGAGAUGAACCGCGACUCCGUGGAGGACAACUUGCUGGACGAAGAUGGAUCAGAGAGAGCGUAUACGGUUACCCGUGACACUUUCGACCGUCUCGUCAUACCAAAUCUGAUGGCAGUUAGGGUGCCAACAUUUGAGGAUUUUCUCGAACAACUUGAACGUGGAAACAGGAAUCGUGUCCGUCGCACCAAGCAACGGCAGAGUCGUUGGCAUGGUUUCCUGCAGCUUAUGGUUUCCACAACUCCCAAAGUGGAUUCGGGAAAGACUGUAAUACGCUCAAUGACAUUUGUACAUCUCAAAGGGACAGACUGCCUCGGUUUGAAGGGCGUUGCAGGUGAUCAGCUGAAGGAGGGUUGUGGUAUCAACGUAAGUGUAACUCUUCUUCGAGCAGCAGUCAUUCAUUCUAUUAAUUACCGUGAGAAGCGUAGGUCGCGGGCGACAACCCCAGAGGGUCACCAUGACCUCAUCUGCAGUAGUCAGUCAUUUUUCAUGGAGUGUAAGUUUUCACGAUUAAUGUCCCAGUUCAUCUCUGGACUUGAGGCCUCCUUUGUUGUUGGAUGCACAAAUCCAUUGCAGUUUAAGGAGUCAAUUGACACGCUUGAAAACUUGCAGUACUUCCGCCGGUUGCGCUGUGCCCUGAAGGCGAUAGUCGUUGUGUCUGAACGCGGCCUAUUGCUGAAAGAGCUGCGCCGGCAAGAGGAGCUACUCGGUGCUGAAGCUGUGGCGGAGUUGUAUGGCUCGGAUGCUAAUGGCUGUCCCCUGAAUGAGGCAGAGGAGAAAUUAUUGCAAAUAUAUCGGAAAUUACACGGGUUUGACCCACGGCGUGGGGCCGUGAAAUCCCCAGCGGUGGAUCCCGAGGCGGCCAUCAUUGAGCGUUGCAAGACUCGAGCCCAACGCCUCCAUGGAAAAGUGGACACACACGGAAUGCGUAAACGGAUCUUUCUUACGCCUCGUAAGACCGAAUCAUACGAAGGUCAGUGGGAGGACGGGAAGUUUGGCGGCUUCGGUGAACUACUAAAAAAACUUAGCAAAUACCGGGGUGAGUUCCGCAACGGAUUACGUGAAGGCGAGGGAACACUCUGGUUGCGAAAAGAUGUGAAGUCACCGUGGGUACGUGUCUAUCGUGGGGAAUGGCUCGCAGGAAAGCGCGAUGGUGUAGGAAUAUCGUGGGAGGAGAAUGGCGAUGUUUACGAGGGUGGGUGGUCCGGGGGUAAGCGGGAUGGGUUUGGGAGGUUGUUCUUCGCUAAUGGAGAUAUCUACAAGGGUGAGUUCCGUGAUGAUCAGCACUACGGUAGGGGGAUCUUACGUUUAACAAGCGGGGACUGGUAUGACGGUUACUGGGCCCUUGGUCUUCGCGAAGGUCCGGGCUUGUGGUGCUAUACGCAGAAGCAGCAGUAUUUUGUUGGAGAGUGGUCGAAGGGUAUCUGCAAAUGUGGUACGAUGCUGGAUAUGCCUGAUAAAACUACGAAUGAAAACAGCCGUUUCAUUCCGCGAUUGGGUCUUCUUCGCUGUGAUGAGGUACUUGAACUAGAGCAAUUGAAAUUACGUGAUCGCCGUGCUCAAGAGUACCCAGAAAUGAAUGUAGAGUGGCGGACGCCUCUUGUUUCUGCACCCCUUGGGGCUCUCUCCAAGAACGUUGAUAGCACUAGUGGCGGCGGCGAUGAUUUGGACGCUGGAAACAGCAGCAGAGACGGGGAGGAAUCAGUUGGGACGAAUGUUGCCGAGGGAUGGGGCUUGGAUGUAGAGUAG